GAGCACUUCAAAAUUCAAAUGAUACAGAGGAACAAAAUUCAAAGUUCCCUGCCAAUGAAACCCGAGAACCUUCUCCUUCGUCCUCUUGGCAACCAGAAGUGCACCCUCGGUUGCCCCAUCCUUGAUCGCUGCAUCGGCGGUGGCAUUCCCUGCGAGUCCGUCACCGAGCUUGUCUCCGAGAGCGGUUGCGGCAAGACCCAGCUCUGCCUUCAACUCCUCCUGUCCGCUCAGCUCCCCGUCUCUCACGGAGGCCUCGCUGCCUCCUCUCUCUACAUCCAUUCCGAAUUCCCUUUCCCCCUUCGCCGCCUCCAACAGCUCUCCCACUCCUUUUGCUCUUCCCACCCUCACCUCGUGGCCUCUCGCGAUGUUGAUCCUUGUGACUUGGUAUUCGUCCAUGGAGUGCAUUCGGCAGACCAACUGCUCGACGUAAUGUCCAAGAUGGAUUCGCUCCUUGCUAAUCCGCCAGCCCAGUUGCCUGUUAAGUUGGUUGUAAUCGAUUCAAUUGCGGCACUAUUUCGUUCUGAAUUUGAGAACAACCCGCUCGAUCUUAAGCGGAGAUUGUCGAUGCUUUUCAAGAUUUCUGGCCGGUUGAAGCUGCUGGCGAAGAGGUUUGGGCUGGCAGUUGUAGUGACAAACCAGGUGGUUGAUGUGGUGGAUUCAUCAGGUGGGGUAAAUGGGCUGAAGGUUGGGAACUUGGGUUGUUUGUAUUCAUCUGGGAGAAAGGUUUGCCCAGCUCUGGGGCUAUCGUGGGCCAAUUGUGUCAAUUCAAGGUUGUUUCUGUCUAGAAAAUAUGAGAAAAUUGUUGAUAAAGAGAGUGGUUUGGUUGAUGCUGGUGAUGCUGAUAUUGUGCACAUGCGAACAAGAAGGCAACUUCAUGUUCUCUUUGCUCCACAUUUGCCUGAUUCAUCUUGUGAAUAUGUAAUUGUGAGAGAAGGGGUUUUUGGAGUAGGUUGAUAGAAAUUUGUUUAAGAGAUGGAUUAAGGUAAAAAUGAUGGAGCUUUUGGCUUGCAAGUUCACUUAAUUAUUAACUGGGCAGGGGUUCCUUAAAUUUCUUUUUAUAUUCUUGUGUUUACCAUAAUUGUUUUGUCUUCCAUUGACAUUUGUAAAUUUUUAUUUGGUAAAUGACAAGUUCUUGGCAUCUUGUUCUGAACAA